AUGCUGGCUAGCGAGAGGUUGUGCACCGGCUGUGUUUAUUUUUGGGCCAGUGACUGUGUGUCCAUGGCUGCUGAUGCGUCCCAAAGAAACGCUCUGAGAUACCAGCAUACACUGCUCUAUGGCGAGUACAGAGAGCAGUUGGGAAACUUUGCCAGACGGGAGGCCACGCGCCUGCUGACUGAGAGACAGUGGAGGCGGCACGCUGGGGACAAAACCGCGGCCACCAGGAACCAUGGGAGACCGCCCAACAUCAACUUGGACACCGGACCCGGGACGCCAGGGUUUAGCCACACCUCGUCCGUGAAAAAAACGCGUCCCUAUUCCAAAUGUCAAGACUGCAUAGCACGGAUCCAGCGGUACAUUGUGACGAAGCUCGGGGAAGACUGGAUCUUCCUGGUACUACUGGGCCUCACCAUGGCUUUGGUCAGCUGGAGCAUGGACUACGCCAGCGCCAAAAGCCUGCAGGCGUAUAAGUGGGUGUACGCUGAGUUGAAGGGCAAGGUGGCGCUGCAGUACCUGGCGUGGGUCACCUACCCCCUCAUCCUCAUCACCUUCUCCUCCCUCUUCUGCCACCUGGUCGCUCCACAGGCCAUUGGCUCUGGUAUUCCUGAGCUGAAGACCAUCCUGAGGGGGGUGGUGUUGAAGGAGUACCUCACGCUGAAGGCCUUUGUGGCCAAGGUCGUUGGGCUGACUGCUGGACUGGGCAGCGGCAUGCCGGUGGGCAAGGAGGGUCCAUUCGUGCACAUAGCCAGCAUCUGCGCCGCUGUGCUCAGCAAAGUCAUGUCCAUCUUCACCGGGGUAUAUGAGAACCCCUAUGGGUACACAGACAUUCUGACGGUUGGCUGUGCUGUGGGGGUGGGCUGCUGUUUUGGCACUCCUCUUGGAGGAGUCUUGUUCAGUAUUGAGGUCACGUCCACCUACUUUGCGGUGAGGAAUUACUGGAGAGGCUACUUCGCCGCUACUUUUAGCGCCUUUAUCUUCAGGGUGCUGUCCGUCUGGAAUAAAGAUGCGGUCACCAUCACUGCCCUCUUCCGCACAAACUUCCGCAUGGACUUCCCCUUCGACCUGCAGGAGCUGCCUGCGUUUGCCAUCAUUGGGAUUACGUGUGGGUUCCUGGGGGCCUUCUUUGUGUACCUCAACAGGCAGGUUGUCCUGGUGAUGCGAAGACAAACGGCCCUCACACGCUUCCUGACCAGACACCGGUUGAUCUACCCCAGUGUUGUGACUCUGGUCAUUUCCACCCUCACCUUCCCGCCUGGGUUUGGCCAGUUCAUGGCGGGAGAGCUGAUGCCCAGGGAGGCCAUCAACUCUCUGUUUGACAACUACACCUGGACCAAGAUAACUGGCCCCGCCCUCCCCCCAGGCCUGGGCCGCUCUGCCGUUUGGCUCCACCCACAAGUCAGCGUCUUCCUCAUCCUCCUGCUCUUCCUCUUCAUGAAGUUCUGGAUGUCUGCGGUUGCCACGACGAUGCCCAUUCCAUCUGGAGCCUUCAUGCCCGUCUUCAUCCUGGGGGCAGCAGUAGGCCGUCUGGUGGGGGAGAUCAUGGCCACUCUGUUCCCGAACGGAAUUCUCUUUGACGGGAUCGUCUACCGCAUUCUGCCCGGAGGCUACGCUGUCAUAGGCGCUGCUGCCCUGACGGGUGCGGUGACACACACGGUGUCCACGGCAGUGAUCUGCUUCGAGCUGACGGGCCAGAUCUCCCACAUCCUGCCCAUGAUGGUGGCCGUCAUCCUGGCCAACAUGGUGGCCCAGGGCCUGCAGCCCUCGCUAUACGACUCCAUCAUACAGGUGAAGAAGCUGCCCUACCUGCCUGAACUGGGAUUCGGACAUAUCAGCAAGUACAAUAUAUUUGUGGAGGACAUCAUGGUGCAGAAUGUGAAGUUCUUAUCUCCUCAGUCCACCUACCGAGAGGUCACCAACCUCCUCCAGUCCAGCUCCCUCAAGACCAUCCCACUGGUCGACUCCAAAGAAUCCAUGAUCCUAUUGGGCUCCAUUGAGAGAUGCGAGCUACAGGACUCGUGUGAUUGGUGGCUCUCGGCGGAGAGGCGGGUCUACACUGAUAGCCAGGGGCUGCACAGCCCCGGGUCAAAGGGCAAGUGGGAGACCUCCUUCACCUUUGUGGACGAGGAGGCGCUGGAGGGCCACGGCGGAAAGACCACAGAGGAGCGGAAUGGGCCUUUCCCCUCCCCCAAAGCUGUGGACACUUCUGCUACCUCAACAGAAGACGGAGGAACUCUUCAGAUGGUGAGGAAGACUCUUCGCCGACUCUUCUCCUCUUCCUCGACAUCGAGCAACAUUGAGAGACAGGAGCCGCCCCCCUCUCCGCUGGCAGACACCAUGACACCAGAGGAGAUAAGGAGCUGGGAGGAGGCCGAGCUGGAGCAGCCAAUCGAUUUGGAUCAGAUCCGAGUUGACCCCUCCCCCUUCCAGCUGGUUGAGAGGACCUCGCUGCAUAAAACGCACACUCUCUUCUCUCUGCUGGGCCUGAGCCAUGCAUAUGUCACAAGCAUCGGGAAACUGGUGGGCGUAGUGGCUCUCAAGGAGCUGCAGAAGGCGAUCGAGGGCUCCACCCGCAGUGGCGUGCGCCUACGCCCCCCGCUGGCCAGCUUCCGCGACGCCAGCCGCAAGGCCAAGAAGCCCCCGCACACGCCCUCCACGCCCUCCUCCCCCACGCGCCGCACCCCCUCCUCCCCCUCCUCCCCCACGCGCUCCCCCACAGAGCCUCCGCACUGGCCCCCCAUCAACACACCCUCCUCCCCGACACGAGAGCGCCAGCUCUGGGUGGAGGAAGGUAGGAGGGAGGAGGAUGAGCCCGGUGGUGGUGGUGGUGGUGGUGAUGGGGGGAGGGGUGCCAGCACGGCAGCAGGUACCGGACGUGAUGCUGUUGUUGCUGCAGGCACCGGUCGGGAUUUUAAGAUCAGCUUCCCGGGCCACUCGUCCCAUCCAUCCCCCUGCCUCUCCACCUCCUCCGCCAUCCCUCUCACAUCCCUCCAGUCGGUGGAGGAGAGGAGCGAGGACCUGGAUAGUGAUGACGAGGAACCUAUCUGAAUAUGACUUUUUAAAAUAAAAAAUAAAAAAGAAACA